AUCUUUCAAGUUUACAAAAACCCUCAAGGGGUUCCAUGACCCUGAUAGAUUGUUAUUUUUUUCAAUCAUACACAUGGUGGGUCGAUGUUCCAUUUCAUCGUUAGUCAAUUGACUUUUUAAAUUGCACUAAAUCAUCUCAAGGUUUCAUAAAAAUAGGGUAAUUAAUUGUUGUUUUGUGUGAUUAUUAUUGAGUAAUUUUCAUUGAAUUGUCGCUUUAGGUUUUACGCAUCGGCAAAAAAGAUGUUCCAGGCUCGCAGUUCGGCUUUAGAUCUUCUCCACAAAGGAUCUCCUCGUAAAAACCACAACAGUGCGAAACCAAUUUAAAUUUUCCGUGUCCCAAACAAAGGAUAAUGUGACCAUAAUGAAAGUUUUUAUUGUAACGAUAAUGCUUUUGAACUAUUUGCUGUUGUUUCUGAGUGUUUGUUCGUAUCCAACAUUGAACGAGAAAAAUCAGGAAAUCUCUUGGGAAGCUUGGUUGCUUGUGGAUGACCAGAAUACCAAUAACCGACAACAGACGAGCCAAAUUGCCCCAAAAAGACGUAUUACCCCUAAAAGCGUCUUUGUAGCUCCGAUGUUUUCGCCAGAAAAUCUACCUCCGUGCGCUGAAGGCUACAGCUCAGACCCAAUGGGCAGAUGCGUCAAAAUCAUCAAAAUCGAUGAGGACAGGCAUUUCGAUUUCCUGGUAAGCAAACUCAAUGAACGUUUCGGAAAUUUAGACUACGAAGAAGCAUUUGAGGCUACAGACGAAGAACCUACAAGAUUAGACAUACCUAUUGACGGUGACGAUUAUUACGACUACAGCAACGAUACGCCUCAGUUUGAUAAUAUGGCCAUCAUUGUUACACCUACGACAAGAGAAAAAGAGGAUGUUAGUAAAGUUGCCAAAAGAGACGAUCAGGAACUUGUUACAACUACAAUGGCUACAACUACUGUAGUUGUUGGUGAGGAUGUGACAACUACUACUAUUAGUGAAGAUGUAACAGCUACAACUAUUAGUGAAGAUGUAGCAACAACAACUACUAGUGAGGAUGUAGUAGCAACCACAACUAGUAAUAAUGAAGAUGCAACAUCAAUUACUACUAAUAGUGAUGAGGAAGAUGUAGCUACAACAACUAUUAGUGAUGAUGAUGUAACAAAAACAACUAUUAGUAAUGAUGAUGUGACAACAACAACUAUUAGUGAUGUGACAACAACUGAAUAUGAAACUUCAACUACCCCAAAAGUAACAACGUAUCAUCCAUUAGCAACAACUUACCACCCCUAUUUCGACUUGGGCUCCCGGAUCAAAAACUUCGUCAAAUUUCCCGACGAUGAUACGAGGCCUCGCAGUCAACAUCCAGAAGGUAAUUUCAUCAAAUUCCCCGAUUCCGGGUAUCAGCAAGAAAGUUCGGGGCCUCGUACGAGAAACGUCGACUCGCAAACUGGAAAUUUCGUCAACAACAACGAAAUAGUCACUCCUGAGCCGCGGUUUUUCAGUAAACCGGUCAAGAGACAGCACAAAUGGUCGUCGGAGGAACGGCACAAGCCCGUCGUCUUAAGGUUUCCUAGAAAACACUUUAGCUUUGACUUAGACAAAUUUAAAAACGGUGAAUUUUACAGGUCCUUGCCGAUGGACGAUUUGACGUAUUUGUUUGGCUAUAAAAACGCGCACAACAAUAGGUAAUUUUGUGAUUUUUUUUUCUUCUUUUUCUUGUAGAUCUUUUGUGUAUAUAUUUUAGUUUUUUGUUGUUUUUGGGAGCGUGUUUUGAAAAUCAGUUGAAACAUUCCGGCUAAUAAAUUUUUAAGUUUGUUCCGCUAUCAGAAACUAUUUCAGAUUUGUGACGUCUGCUGGAUGGAUGGACAAAUUUGGAUUAGUUUUAGAAAAUUGAUUUUGAGGAUUGUUUGAGUUGAAUUUAAAACAAACAUAACCGAUUUGUAUGCUUUUAAAAAUCUCAAAUAUGAGAAGAAAAGUUAAUUUGCAACAUUGGAAAUUGCUCUCAGAAAAAUCUACAUACGCGGACGUCGACUGGUUUUCAAUGCAGGCAGUUGCCAAACUGUAGGAAUUUUCCCCUAUCAUUGAAAAGAAAAAUUAAUAAAUGUGGCAACAUGCAAAGUUGCCUCUUUAUAAAAAAUCAUGCAUAAAAAAAAAACAUUGUUUCAGAGUAGCUCCUAGACUAUAAAGAGAAUUUAAUAGUUUGACUUUAAAACAAGCUUAUAGUCUAGGAGAUUAGGCUACAUUUUGACAAAAAAUUCCAGCCUAUUUUCAAAUUUGAAAAAAUUAUAAUUGAAUUGUUUUGAUCUUAAUGAAUGUAGCAAAUACCAAAUCCUACGGAAAAAUACUUCAUUUUUCAAAAUUUGGCAACAUCACACAAAUUCUUCCCUUUCUUAAGGACUUCAAUACAAUUUUGCCAUCGACAUUAUUUCGAUUUGUCCAAUUUCUAAGUUUGGCAACCCAAAUCCCAAAAACACUUUGUAGUAGGUAGAUUAUGUCUCUAUAAACAGGGUGUCCAUGAAAUAGUAGGAAACAACAUAACAAAGCCAAAUUAAUUGUACAUAUAAUAGUUUAGUUUGCAUGUAUUUGUGAUCACCCUGUAUGAGUAUUUAAAUGUUGUGUAUAUGUAUAUAAUAUAAAAGUGUAGUUAUUUUUUAUGUAUUAUAUAGAGUAGUCCAAAAAAAAAAGAAAAACCUAAUAAUUUUUUAGCCUUAUUUAGCUUUGUAGCAUUUUAUUUUACAUUAUUGUUUUGGUGGGCCAAAAUAAGCUUUUUGGCACACCCAGUAUACAAAACAUAAUAUUUUUCCUUGUAGAUAAUUAUUAUUAACAAAACAAACUAUUAUAUUAUUUAUUUAUUAUUUAUUUAUUUUUACACAAUUUUGUUCUGAAAAUGCAUUAUUAUUAUUUCUGUUUUUAUUGGAAGAAUCUUGUAAAAAAAAAAAUUAUUAUUGUAAAUUUUUAUUUUUUAUUUUCCCCCCUCAUUUGCUUUCCUUUUAAAAUAGAAAUUUAGCACAAAUUAGCAAUUAAUUAUUAUGCUAAAAUAAAUUUAGAAAUUGCCUACAAACACACAGGUGUGUGUAAAAGUUUUGCUUAGAUAGUAGCGCUCCGAAUUCUGUCCUUUUCGCACUCGCACAAACAAAUUAAACGAGUCGGAGUGGUACUACGUAACGAAUUUGCAUGACGAUUAGUGUAAAUUGAAUCUAGAAUUUUUCUCACAAAUAAAAUGCUGCUCAAAAAGGACAAACCAGGAUAAAAUGGACAACUACUGAUUAGGAGAAGCUGACGAAGCUUUAAAUUUCUUAUUUUGCGCUUUAUGUGUAUUUUAAAUAAUAUUGUUUUUUUUUUAUAAUAAACU